UCCCACCAAGCACAAAGCUGUAACCUUUAAAACAAACAAUAGCUGGAAGCAAGCCCCGCACUUGCACCACUCAUGGUAAUUACAAAAGAAAAGCUUUGUAUAUCUUAUAUCCAUUGAUCACCUCCUUUAGAUGUUCAAAGUUAUUCUCCCUCUGCAAUCAUAUCUCCGUAGUACAGCAUUUCGAAGAUUCUCCUCGUAUUCAUCUAGCACGGCUCCUCGAGUGAAGACUGAAUUCUCUUUAAAACCCUCAUCCCUUUCGUUACGAGGCUAUCACAGAUCUUUCAGCAGUCAAUUUGCCAAGAUGUCUGACUUGACUGUUGAGCUUACUGCCCCCAAUGGCAAGAAAUACAUUCAGCCAACCGGUCUAUUCAUCAACAAUGAAUGGGUGAAAAGUAGUACCGGCCAGAAGAUCACGUCUAUCAAUCCUUCGUAUGUUGUACCAACUUGGCAUAUUACCACACUGCUAACUUGAUGCUCAGAGAUGAAUCAGAAAUUGCAUCAGUAUAUGCCGCUUCCGCAGAAGAUGUCGAUACCGCAGUCAAAGCAGCUCGAGCAGCUAUGCGCAACCCUGAAUGGCGCGAUAUGUCCCCCACCGAUCGCGGUUCCCUUAUGAUUAGACUAUCCACAAUCAUUUCUGAGCAUACAGAUAUACUUGCAACGAUCGAAACUUGGGACAAUGGAAAGAUUUAUAACGAUGCUGUUGCUGAUAUUGCAGAGGUGGAAGCUGUUUUCAAAUAUUAUGGAGGAUAUGCCGAUAAGAUUCAUGGACAGGUGAUAGAUACUGGUGUUGCCAAAUUCGCAUACACAAUCAAGGAACCAGUGGGGGUCUGUGGCCAAAUUAUCCCAUGGAAUUAUCCAUUAGGUAUGGCUGCAUGGAAAUUAGGUCCCGCUUUAGCAUGUGGUAAUGCUGUGGUGAUAAAGGCAGCAGAGCAAACCCCAUUGAGCAUCCUUUAUUUUGCAAAUUUGAUCAAGGAAGCUGGCUUCCCACCAGGUGUUGUCAAUAUCCUGAACGGGUAUGGUAGAGAAGCGGGAGCUGCAAUUGCAACACAUGAAGACAUUGAUAAAGUGGCUUUUACUGGUAGCACUAGCACAGGAAAAGAGAUCAUGAAGAUGGCUGCAGGCACCAUGAAGAACAUUACUUUAGAGACGGGAGGAAAAUCACCUUUGAUGGUUUUUGAGGAUGCAGAUCUCGAUCAGGCAGUCAAAUGGGCGCAUUUUGGUAUGCCUUUAUUCCGAAAACCGCAUGUUGUGUCAUGUUCUUUUUCUCCUGUAGCACAAUCCUUCAAAUCUCCUAUUUGCUAAUCCUUCCUAGGUAUUAUGUCCAACCAAGGUCAGAUCUGCACCGCCACGUCUAGAAUCCUCGUACAGGAUUCCAUUUACGAUAAGUUCAUCGACGCCUUCAAGAAACAGAUCAAAGAAGUUUCCGUUGUUGGUGAUCCAUUCGCUGAAAACACAUUCCAAGGUCCGCAAGUCACUAAAGCUCAAUACGAACGUGUACUAGGUUACGUUCAAACAGGUAAGGAUGAAGGUGCCACGCUCAUCGCGGGAGGUGAAGCUUUCACAAACGCCCAUCCUUCAGGCAAGGGAUUUUUCAUUACCCCCACUGUCUUCACAAAUGUCAAGCCCAGCAUGAAGAUUUACCGUGAGGAAGUUUUCGGACCAUUCUGCGUUAUUGCUAGCUUCAAGACGGAGGAGGAUGCAGUGGAAAUGGCAAAUGACACAACAUAUGGUCUUGGCAGUGCAAUCUUCACUACCAAUUUGGAAAGAGCGCAUAAGCUUGCUAGGAGAAUCGAGGCGGGCAUGGUGUGGAUUAAUAGUAGUCAGGAUUCCGAUUUUAGGAUUCCAUUCGGAGGGGUCAAACAGGUAAGUGAAUAUUCUUGCAAUGAUCGUCGAGAUUCCCUGUUAACUCAGAAAUAGUCGGGUAUUGGACGGGAGUUAGGUGAGGAGGGCCUGAGAGGUGAGUUCCGCCGAUAUAUAUUCAUCAAUUUUCUUUGUUUUUUGUUUUACUAACCUUUUUCUUCUGAACCAGCCUAUUCUCACGUAAAAGCCGUCCACAUCAACUUGGGUACGAGGCUCUAGGCUAUUUGUGUAAGGAGAUCAUGGGACAGGUUCUCUAACAGUGGUAGUUAUGUAUGGAUGAGGUGGUGGAUAUAUAUGUUGAUGACAAGAUACCAAUGAUGACUUGAGCGUUUUACCUUUUAAUGAGCACCGUUCCGUAUUUCUGUAUAUCUAUCAGUAACAA